AUGAGCGAUAUCGUACCGGACAUGGCCAGCGAUGACGUCAAGCCCUAUUGUAUCUGGUAUCCUGACGUGGCCAGCGAAGACACCUAUCGGAAGCUUGCUCAGCGUUAUCCUGACAUGCGAUACCAUGUUGGCCGUGCUAGUGCAGCUACAGGCUAUGAUACGCUGUAUAAAGAACUAGACCUCCUUCCCGAAAUCUCCAUCGCUGAGGAGGCGCGUGAUAACAAACGGAACGGUGCGCCCAUAUUCAAAGAUAUUGUCAGCCGGCCUGUGAGGUACAAGGUGCUGGAUGAUUACACGAGGACGGCGAAUCUCCAAGCUCCCGAAGCUGGAGCAUACCUGAACGGUCAAACAACCGUACGCUCUUCGUUGCCUGGCGUGAAAAAGCGAGAGCAUGAUCCCCAUUAUGAUCAUUACUUUAAUAUCCAGGAGGAUGGGAGAGUCGGCGAACCCAGUGACCCGAGCGUUCACCAAAAGUUGGAGGAUGAGCACAUGUCUCUUCUUUAUUCCCCGCUACCCAGGGACUUGCCCACCACCAACAAGGACGUCCUGAUCAUCAUGGCCGUCUGGGACGGCAACAUUGAUCGCUAUUCCCGGCUACGGCGGCCAAAGCGUAUCGCCAAUGAGAUAUCUGCAGUGAUUCGAGGCAUACACUACCACACUCCGUUUGCUCAUUGGGUCGAGACACACCUCAAAGACUCGUUUGCGUACAAGGAGUGGAAAGUGCUCCGACAAGCCCUUCACGCCCGUUUCAUCAUGAAUAACGACCUUUCGCGCAUUCAUGGGGAAGUCGACGGCGACGAACUGCUCCAUAUUUUCUGGUGGCCUCAUUUUCCCUACCAGAAUACCCUUCGCGAACUGGCUUGGCGGCGUCCAGAUUUGAAGGGCCAGGUCGCGAUCGCUUGCAUCACUGCCAACUACCAAGACGUCAACGAUGAGCUCAAAGCCGAACCAAGUCGGUGGCAGUGGGAGGCCGCUUGCCAAAGCCCCAAUCCCCACUACCGCGGAGAUAUUGAGCGGCGCGCGGCGGAACAGGGCAUCGAUCUCGAGACCGAGCUCAUAGAAUUCGAGUUUGGUGUGCCCGCAGUCUGGAAAGAGAGAAAAGCCUUCCUCCAGUUCAAGAAAGAGAGCACCGGCCUUCCCGAAAUCCCCGAAGCGCUCGUCAACACUCCGUAUGUGCACGGAGACGAUCCGUACGCCUGGGAAGACUAG